UCUGUCACGAACACUUUAAAAGCAGCACAACCAACGAGAAUUUUUGGUGUACCACGUGUGUUCGAGAAAAUCAUGGAACAAUUUGAAAGAGCCGAAUCCAAUUCCAACUUUAUUUGGCGCCUGGUUACAGCUUGGUCGCGUCAGACUUUACUGAAUAGUUAUCUGCGCAAUGCAGAAGGCAUUCAACCGAAUCCAACUAUCAAAUAUGCAUUGGCGGCUUUAAUUAUGCGUCCUUAUAAAGCUCAGCUUGGUCUCAGCCGUUGCAAGCAUUAUUGGGUUGGCGGUGCUCCUUUGUCAGUGCAAACAAAGAAAUUCUUUCUCAGCAUGGACAUACCCAUUAGCGAUAUGUUUGGUGCUUCGGAGGCAGGUGGCGCUAUUUCAUUGACAUCCAGUUAUUGUCACUUGAACAGCACAGGCCGAGUUUUAAGUGGUUUUGAAAUCAAAAUCGACAAGCCCAAUAAAGAUGGGCAGGGCGAGAUUUGUCUGCGCGGUCGCUGCAUAAUGAUGGGCUAUCUAAAUAAAGCGCAGCGCAGUCGGGAACUUAUCGAACCGAAUGGCUGGUUACAUACAGGCGAUAUGGGUCGCUUGAACGAUGAUGGCUGUCUGCAACUUACGGGACGCAUCAAAGAGUUACUCAUCACGUCAGGCGGUGAAAAUAUAUCACCAGUUUAUGUAGAGAAUCUCAUAAAAGCGGAAUUACGCUGCGUUAGUAAUGCUCUGUUGGUCGGCGAUAAGCGCAAAUAUUUAACUGUUCUACUAACAUUGAAAACAAAUAUGGACAACAUAUGUGGACUACCGUUGGACUCAUUACACACAGACACGGUCUCGUGGUUGAAAGCGCUGGGUUUUGACUAUACUUAUUUAUCAGAAGUUUUAAAAAUACCAGCUUUUGCAGUGAACUUUAAUUAUAAAGGUGCGUGUCCAAGUCUGGACCAAAAGGUUAUGUUGGCGAUAGAAAAAGGCUUGGAGAAAGCCAAUCAAAAUGCCUUAUCGCAUGCUCAAAGAGUUCAGAAAUUUGCUUUGUUGCCGCAUGAUUUUACAGUAGCUACAGGGGAAUUAGGUCCCACCCUGAAGGCUCGACGGUCUUUUAUUUGCGAAAAAUAUGUUAACGUAAUAGAGAAAUUAUAUUGCGAAAACAGUUGAUGUUCUAGCCUUUGUAUUUUAUAUUUAUAUCUUAU